UCGCUCGCGCCCUCCUUCCUCAGUAGCGGCGGCGGCGGCAGCACAAGGCGGCGGCGGCGGCGGCGGCCGGGGAGCAGACAUGGCGGCCGACCUGAACCUGGAGUGGAUCUGCUCGCUGCCGCGCUCCUGGACGUACGGGAUCACCAGGGGCGGCCGCGUCUUCUUCAUCAACGAGGAGGCCAAGAGCACCACCUGGCUGCACCCGGUCACCGGCGAGGCCGUGGUCACCGGGCACCGGCGGCAGAGCACAGAUUUGCCCACUGGCUGGGAAGAAGCAUAUACUUUUGAAGGUGCAAGAUACUAUAUAAACCACAAUGAAAGGAAAGUGACUUGCAAGCAUCCGGUCACAGGACAGCCAUCCCAGGACAACUGCAUCUUUGUUGUGAAUGAUCAGACUGUUGCAGCCAUGACAUCUGAAGAAAAAAAGGAGCGACCCAUCAGUAUGAUAAAUGAAGCUUCCAAUUACAACAUGGCUUCAGACUACACAGGGCAUCCCAUGAGCCCCGUGGGCAGGACAUCACGGGCCUCCAAAAAGGUUCAUAAUUUUGGAAAAAGGUCUAAUUCAAUUAAAAGGAAUCCUAAUGCGCCUGUGGUCAGGCGCGGCUGGCUGUAUAAGCAGGACAGUACCGGCAUGAAGCUGUGGAAGAAACGCUGGUUUGUGCUUUCUGACCUUUGCCUUUUUUAUUAUAGAGAUGAGAAGGAAGAGGGCGUGCUGGGCAGCAUCCUGUUGCCUAGUUUUCAGAUAGCCAUGCUUACUGCUGAGGACCACAUCAGCCGCAAAUACGCUUUUAAGGCAGCCCAUCCAAACAUGCGGACCUAUUAUUUCUGCACCGAUACAGGAAAGGAAAUGGAGCUGUGGAUGAAGGCCAUGUUAGAUGCUGCCCUGGUGCAGACAGAACCUGUGAGAAGAAUUACCUUUAAUUUCCGAGUGGACAAAAUUACAACUGAAAGUGCAUCAACUAAAGAAACCAAUAACAUUCCCAAUCACAGAGUUCUCAUUAAGCCAGAGGUCCAAAACAAUCAGAAAAACAAGGAAAUAAGCAAAAUUGAAGAAAAGAGGGCCUUAGAAGCUGAAAGAUAUGGCUUUCAGAAGGAUGGUCAAGAUAGACCAUUAACAAAAAUUAACAGUGUGAAGUUGAACUCCCUGCCAUCGGAAUAUGAAAGCGGGCCAGCCUGCCCACCUCAGAAUGUGCACUAUAGACCCAUCAAUGUGAAUAGUUCAGAUGGCAAAACAGCGAAUGUCAGCUUAGCAGAUGUCCGAGGAGGAAGCCACCCAAAUGCAGCUCUGGCCACAGAAGCUGAUCGAGUCAUUCAGAGAACGAAUUCAAUGCAGCAGUUGGAGCAGUGGAUCAAAGUCCAGAAAGGACGGGGUCUUGAAGAAGAGCCCAGGGGAGUAAUUUCUUAUCAAACAUUGCCAAGAAAUAUGCCAAGCCACCGAGCCCAGGUUCUGGCUCGCUAUCCUGAAGGCUACCGAACACUCCCAAGAAACAGCAAGACCAGACCUGAGAGUAUCUGCAGUGUGACCCCUUCUGGUCAUGAGAAGCCAGGCCCUGGAGCAGAAGAGAAGCGGCGGUCCAUGAGGGACGACACCAUGUGGCAGCUAUAUGAGUGGCAGCAGCGCCAGUUUUACCACAAGCAGAACACCCUUCCUCGGCACAGCUGCGUAAGCAGCCCAAAAGCCAUGGUGAAGGUCUCUGAACAGACAAUGCACUCCAUCCCCACGUCACCAUCCCAUGGGUCAGCAGCUGCUUACCAGGGGUUCUCGCCUCAACGGACAUACAGGUCCGAAGUGUCCUCACCGAUUCAGAGAGGAGACGUGACGAUAGACCGCAGGCACAGGGCUCACCACCCUAAGCAUGUCUGUGUACCUGACAGAAGGUCAAUGCCAGCUGGCUUAGCCUUGCCAGCUGUUAGUCCUCAGAGCCUCCAAGGCAGAACGCCAGAGGAGCUUACGCUGCUGCUAAUAAAGCUGAGACGGCAGCAAGCUGAACUGAGUAGUAUCCGGGAGCAUACCUUAGCACAGCUCAUGCAGCUGAAACUUGAGGCCCACAGCCCAAAGAAUGAAAUUCUUUCACAUCAUCUCCAAAGGAACACCAUAUAUUUGGAUCAUCAGAUGAAAGAAAAUGAACCUAUUAUCACCAUGGUUCACACAAUGAUUGAGAACUCGGCGCUAAGACCGCAACUGUACCAACAAUUCUUAAGACAGAAGAACAAGAUAAGGCUCUAUUGUCUGUCACAAGAUGAAUGUAGAGGCACAUUAUACAAAUACAGACCUGAAGAAAUAGAUAUUGAUGCCAAGUUAAGCAGAUUGUGUGAACAGGACAAAGCGGUCCGUGCUCUGGAGGAGAAGCUGCAGCAGCUCCACAAGGAGAAAUACACGCUUGAGCAAGCCUUGCUGUCGGCCAGCCAAGAGAUAGAGAUGAACGCAGAUAACCCAGCUGCCAUUCAGACGGUGGUGCUGCAGAGGGACGACCUGCAGAACGGACUGCUGAGCACCUGUCGGGAGCUCUCCAGAGCCACUGCUGAGCUGGAACGAGCCUGGAGAGAGCACGACAAGUUAGAGUACAAUGUGACUGUUACCAGGAACCAGAUGCAGGAGCAGCUCGACUGCCUGGGGGAAGUGCAGAGUGAAUCGGCAGGGAUUCAACGGGCACAGAUUCAAAAAGAACUGUGGAGGAUUCAAGAUGUCAUGGAGGGGUUGAGCAAACACAAACAACAAAGAGGCUCUUCAGAAACAGGUCUGGCAGGAUCAAAGCCUUUCUCGGCAGUUAAGUACAAAAGUGAGGAAGAGGAAGUAGUCCCACCUCGGCCUCCACUUCCUCGGUCUUAUGACUUUACAGAGCAGCCUCCCAUAGUCCCCCCUCUGCCCAGUGAUAGCAGCUCCUUGCUCUGUUAUAGCAGGGGCCCCGUGCAUCUGCCUGAAGAAAGGAAGAUUCUUCAAGUUCAAGGAUAUCCAAGAAAUGGAUCUCACUGUGGUCCAGAUUAUAGACUGUACAAGAGCGAGCCAGAGUUAACCACAGUGGCAGAAGUCGAUGAGUCUAACGGAGAAGACAAGUCAGAACCAGCUUCUGAGAUGGAAGCUCCAGGUGUUAAAGGUUCCCACUUUCCAGUUGGAAUUCCUCUGAGAACGAAGUCACCCACGCCCGAGUCCUCAACCAUAGCGUCCUAUGUGACCUUGAGGAAGACUAAGAAGAUGGUGGAGCUAAGAACGGAAAGACCAAGAAGUGCAGUGGACCAACUCUGUCUGGCUGAAAGUACUCGACCUAGGAUGACUGUGGAAGAGCAGAUGGAGCGAAUCAGGAGACACCAGCAGGCCUGCCUAAGGGAGAAGAAGAAGGGACUGAGCGUUAUCAGUGCUUCCGACCAGUCGCCCUUACAAAGUCCUUCCAAUGUGAGGGAGUAUCCUUUCAGAGUCACUCAGACUCUAAGGCGGGAUGAUACCCUUAAGGAGUUAGACACCAUCCACAGAGAAGACGACGUAAAGCCAGACCACGAAACUCCAGCAACAGAGACUGUUCACCUAGAGGCCGCUGAGCCCCAGAAUGCAGAUGGCGGCAGAAAGCUUAAAAGAACCGAAAGUAUUUUUUAUGAAAUGCUUUUAACACCCGAGCCAAAUGGAGUGACUUCUGAGGAAGCAGUGGAUAAAGAAAGGCUUGAAGAGCAGGCGCCUGAAGAUGACUCGUGCAGCCCUCAGGAAGAGGCGGCCAUGACAAACCACGAGGCGGAAGGCGCCCCUGAAGAAGCAGAGAGUCUUCAUGAAGAGGAGGAAGCUGUUGCUUCUUAUGAGCCACUUCCUGAGACUCCGAGAGAGAAGCAAACCACAGUGAAAAGUUCGUCUCCGUCUCCUGAAUCCUCAUCAGCAGACCCGCCCACUCCGCCACAGCUCACAGAGGGAUCACAUUUCAUGUGUGUGUAGUCUCAGAACUGCGCUGACGUCUGUAGAGAGCUCACAGAGCUGAAGCUGCAGACCCCCGGCAAUGUAAGAAGAUGUACAGUUACCUUAAAUCUAUGAAAUUCAUAGUUCUGAUGCUUCUGGCCACAGAGCAUCGUUUUAUCACCUUUGGAAAAUGUUUAUUCCAAAAUAGCUUUAAUGGCCCAUAUGUGCACUCCGUAGUCUCCAGGUCACCAUCCUCACCGGCUUGCUGCUAUGACGUCAGAGCACAUCAGUCAAGGUGCUUUCUCCGUGCGCUCCAUGCAGAGCUUGCUUAGUGCAGUCCCAGAUUUGGAUGCUUACGUCUAGGUGAAUUUAUGUUCCUGCUGCUUUUCAGUAAAGCUAUCCUUUCCGGUGGAACUUGUUUUCCUUCCUUUGUUUUUCUUCCCAUUUUAGCUCCUACAGUGCUUUGUUUGACACUUGAUUUGUAAAAAUUUUUAUAUAAAUAUAUUUAAAAUGUGCCAUUUUAUUACUGCUAGGUAAAGUGUGUCCUGUUUUCUGCUAUAAUUCUUCCUUAGUCAGAUUGCACCGUCAGCAGUUCCUGCCACACUCUGUCUGCUUCCACACAAAUGCUAUUGCUUAGCUUUUCUUUAAAAAGCCAAACAAUUAGAAGCGUAGGUAUUCUGAAGUACUGGCCGUUUCCGUCAUUGGAAUAGAUGUGUACAGCAAUAAGCAGGUUUAGAUCCAGUACUUGGCCUGUGUACAGGUGUAAUUAUGUUCAUUGUGUGGAUGGCAUACAAUGAGCACAUGUAAUAAAGGCUGCCUACUAUAGUGUAAUGCAAAUGUUCAUAGCUCAUUUCUUUUUUAUCAUGUGAAAUAAAUGUUGAUGUUCUUAAAUCACUUGUGUUAGAAUACUUUUUCCUCCCCCA